CUAACUGUAGGAUUGAGCGUGGUUCUUUGGAAAAAGUUUGCAUAAAAGACCUAACAGACAACUUAUCGAGUAUCGAGCGGCGUGAAAUAAGCACGUUGCGUCGAGUCUCUGCCAAGGACGAGUGUUCGGUUGUGUAGACUUUGGGGUGUUUUUGUGUGUUUUAUGUGUGGGCAAGUUAGCCAAGCUGUGUAAGAAGAUGAGGUUGAGCUCUGUCCUCCUGUGUGUCCUCCUGCUGUGGGUGAAGGAGUCCCGAGGAGACACACCUGCAAACUGUACCUAUGAGGAGCUACUGGGAACAUGGGUCUUCCAGGUGUCCAAAGGUGGACACGACAAGACGAUUAACUGUUCAGCUGAAGCAACAGGUGAAACCACAGUGACCGUAACCUUGGAGAAACUGUCUGUAGCCACGGAUGAACUGGGAAACACAGGCUUCUUCACCAUCAUCUACAACCAGGGAUUUGAAGUCGUCAUCAACGGCUACAAGUGGUUUGCUUUCUUUAAGUACACUGAAGAUCACCAGAAGGUAACCAGUUACUGUGACCAGACCCUACCAGGAUGGGUUCACGAUGUCCUGGGCAACAACUGGGCUUGUUUUGUGGGCAAGAAAAUUAAAGCUGUGCCACUUCGUACAAACGACAAACCAUUUUACAGCAGCGGGCUGCUCCAGAAGCCGUACAAAAACAACCAGGAAUUUAUAAAUGCUAUUAACCUGGUCCAAAAUUCCUGGGAGGCUGCAGCUUAUCCAGAGCAUGAAAUGUUCACGCUGCAGGAGCUGCACUACAGAGCAGGAGGCCCUGCCUCCCGUAUCCCUGUGCGAGUUCGGCCCACACCUAAGACAGCAGAAUUUGCCAAGAUGGCGGCUGCUUUGCCAGAGCACUGGGACUGGAGAGACAUGAACGGUGUCAACUUCGUCAGUCCUGUGCGAAACCAAGCAUCGUGUGGCAGCUGCUACUCCUUUGCUUCCAUGGGAAUGCUGGAGGCUCGCAUUCGAAUCCUGACCAACAACAGCGAGACUCCCACCCUCAGCCCCCAACAGGUGGUCUCCUGCUCUGAGUAUUCUCAAGGAUGCGAUGGUGGCUUCCCAUACCUCAUUGGAAAAUAUGCACAGGAUUUUGGGAUCGUGGACGAGUCAUGCUUCCCGUAUGUUGGAAGUGACACUCCCUGUGGAGUCUCUCAAAUGUGCGGCCGCAUUUACACGGCGGAGUACAGCUACGUGGGCGGGUUCUACGGUGGCUGCAGUGAGAUGGCCAUGAUGAUGGAACUGGUCAAGAAUGGACCGAUGGCAGUGGCCUUUGAGGUCUAUCCUGACUUCAUGCACUACAAGAAAGGCAUCUACCACCACACUGGUCUGGCAGACAACUUCAACCCCUUCGAGCUGACCAACCACGCUGUGCUGUUGGUGGGCUACGGCCGCUGCCCCAAGUGUGGGCAGAAGUACUGGAUCGUCAAGAACAGCUGGGGCACGGGCUGGGGAGAGGACGGCUACUUCAGAAUCCGCAGAGGGAGUGACGAGUGCGCCAUCGAGAGCAUUGCGGUCGCAGCCAAGCCCAUCCCUAAACUGUAGACCCAGUUGGAGAUCCUCGGCGAGCUGCCACAUAUCACCUGUCCAGCUUUAUCUGCCUUAAAUGUCAGCUCCGAUUUGUGCCUUCUUUCUUCACAUACUUCAGGAUCGAACCUUUAAAAUAAUAAGCCAAUGUCAGAUUUUGAAAUAAAGCAUAUUUAAGUUUUUAUGCUAGUUGACAAGGCCAAUCAUUUUUAUUUCUGCUUUUUGGACAUUUUUGGCUUUUGUGGAAAUUUGCCUGCAAUGAAUGACACAAAAUGCAAAAAAAAAACA